AUCAACUGAGGAGACCCCGAACGGAGAAAAACACCUUCCUCUCUCGAGACUUUACGUAUCAACUGCGGAGAACCGGACAGCUCUUGUCCCCAAAUACCUGGCCACAUCUUCCCGCCUUCCGCAGGAUGAGUGCCGGUGCUCCGAGAUGCCUGGCCAGCUCGGGGCAGAAGCCCAUCGCGGAGAUCCUCCACCCGCUAUCCGCCGCCGAGGAGCAGCUCUCCGUCUCCGUCGCCGUUGGAGGGGACACGGAAGCCGCGCUGACCAACGGCGCGCCGGUUGAGACGCCGAGUCCCGCCUCCACGUCGUCGCUGUUCAACCGGCUGCAGCUGGACGACGAUCUGGAAGCGGACGCCGGAGACCCCUACGACGAGGCCGCGGAGACCCGGGACCUUUUCGUCACGGUCGACGACCCAAAGAAGCACGUGUCCACCAUGGAGACCUACAUCACCUACAGGGUCUCCACCAAGACAUCGCGGGUCGAGUUCGACCUGCCGGAGUACUGCCUGCGGCGGCGCUACCAGGACUUCGACUGGCUCCGGAUCAAGUUGGAGGACAGCCAGCCGACCCACCUCAUCCCUCCGUUGCCAGAGAAGUUCGUGAUGAAGGGCGUGGUGGAUCGUUUUUCAGAGGAGUUCGUGGAGACGAGGAUGAAAGCUCUCGACAAGUUCCUGAAGCGGGCGGCCGACCACCCCGUACUCUCCUUCAACCCUCAUUUAAACACUUUCCUCACGGUCAAGGACCUGAACAAGCGGCAGGGUCUGGCCCUGCUGAGCAAGGUGGGCGAGUCGGUGAAGCACGCGGCCGGAGGCUACAAGCUGCGGGCGCGGCCGGCCGAGUUCGCCGCCAUGGGCGAAUACCUGGACAUCUUCAACCAGAAGCUGGGAACCAUCGACCGCAUCGCCCAGAGGAUCCUCAAAGAGCAGUCGGAGUACCUGACGGAGCUUCGUGAGUACGGCGCCGUGUACGCCAGCUGGGCGGGGUCGGAGGACGAGCUGCGGCGGCCCCUGGAGGGCGUGGGCGGCUCCGUGACGACGUGCUGCGCGGCGCUGGAGGACCUGGGGGACGGCAUGAGCCAGGACGUCCUGCCCGUACUCCGAGAGUACGUCCUCUACAUCGAGUCCAUGAAGAACGUUUUGAGGAAGCGAGACCAGAGCCAGGCGGAGUACGAGGGCCGACUAGAAGCCGCCGUGUUACGCAAACAGGAGGACCGAACGCCAAUGCCGCUCGAGGUGGAGAAGUGCCAGGACAAAGUGGAGUGUUUCAACGCCGACCUGAAGGCCGACUGGGAGCGCUGGCAGGGCAACAAGAGACACGACUUCAAACGCCUCCUCACCGGCAUGGCCGACAAAAACAUCAACCACUACGAGAAGUGCCAAGCGGCGUGGGAGUCCCUCAUAACUCUCCUCCAGGACAAACAGACUGAAGGCAAAACGAGCGAGACGACCUGAAAUCCUCCCGCCGUCGGUCGCUCGCUCUCUCUCUCGCUCACACACUCUCGUGCCAAGGAAAAGGAACAACCAGGUGGCAGAUUAGAACUGCUGGACUUUGCCCCCCCCCCCAGUUCUCCGGUGAGAUGAUUGUACAGAGGGGGGAGUCGUCUCUCCGAGAUCUGACCUGCAUAGGAGGUAACAACUGGUACAUUCUUGGACACUUGGGAGACCGGCUCUGUACGGACAUUUUCCCUUUUCUACUUCAUAUUUCCAUUUACAGUCGGUUGCCAAUGCUCCUGGUGUUUUUUAUUCAACCGCAGCCUCAGAGAGGCGUCACGCUCCCUGCCUGUCGCGCUCUCCAUGUUCGCAUUGAGCCACAUGUGAAGGAUAAUGUGGCGACGAAGAAAACCGUUGAGAUCACAGAAUGUUGCGCGAGUGUGAAAGUAUGAAGUCCGAGCAUCCCCAAGAUUUAGAUUUACUCCUGUCAUGAUGUAAAACACACUUUAUUUUAUUUUAUGUAACACUCAAACAAUACACAUGCAAUUAUCGUUCAUCUCUUAACGGCACCAUAUCGGCUGUAAAUUAAAAUCUAGCAUAUUAUACUUAAUUUAAGGGUCAUUCCUGUGAUUGUUUUUUUCAGGUUCCAGCCCAUACACUCAUGUUUGCCAUUACUGUUGAUCUUUAAAAAAUAUAUAUAUACAUACAAGAGUUCAUAAAUGUUAUGGUUUUUCCCUAUCUUUGUUAUGGUUUUUCCCAUUGUCGCCAUGAAACUCAUCUCGUGACCUGACACCGCGUCAUCAGAGAUUUCGAAGUUGUGUUCAACCUCAAGUAGAGAAACGGCAGCAGGUUGAGCAAAACACGUCAAAUGGAAACGUCAGUAGGAGAAAAAAGAAAGGGAUGAAUGGACACGAAAUGAAGCCAAAAGCAAAGUGGGUUUCCCUUUAACUGGGGAGGGAUUUUGUUUGGGUCUUGUGUGCUUCUGUUGUUGCAGCGCCACCUGGUGGUUGACAUGAUGAUAGUUUCAUAACUUCACUUCUGUUGGUUUCUCAUGAUGUCACCUUUGUGUUUGUUUGUUGUGCCAAGGCCAGUUCUAUCUGCUGGAGGGAUUUCACCUCUCUACAGGCAAACACUGACUGUUGGUUGAGGAUGCCAAAUGGCGCAACAGGCAGAUUCACCCAAUGACAUGAACACGGGGAGUUAAGUGUCAUUUAUUGCCUUUUAAAAAAAUGAAUGAAACCUUCUUUCUUUCUUUACUCAUUUUCUUGGUGAUCUAGAAGCCUGAAGUGCAAACUCCACCAAUGAUGACCAGAGCUUCCCAGAACCACAUUUACAAAGACUGAUUCUCGCUUUUGUUCAUUUCAUUGGACUAAAACAACUUUAGUUUUAAAGAUCUUUUCUGUUUUGAUAAAGAGUUUUCUUCAUCGUAAUUGGAUGUCUUUCAGAAACUAGGUGCCCAUUUGAGGUUUCGGGUCAUGUGGUCUUCGAGGCCUCUGCGAUUUAGUCGUCCCUUUUUUAACUGCCUUUGGUCAGAUUGUCCCUGAACGCUCCUCGAUGCUGAGCCCUCUGUGUUGAGAAAGAACUGUGGCAACUGGAUUUAUUACACUGCCUGCCGGUUUGUCAGUUCUACUUAUCCUUCUUAUUUUCCCCUUGAGUGUAUUUAAAAGCACAAAACGGAAACUGUUUCUUCUUACUAGCAGAGGACAAACCGGCAUGAAUAUGUUUUUGAAUACAGCCGAACGAUUGACAGAAGCUUUCUGAGUCGAUGUGGUCCAGUGUCGUCAUACUACGCAGGCACUGGUGCUACAUGAUGGUACGCUCCCCUCCCCCAAAUAUAAACAUCCACCACACAGAGCCAAGAGGGCUCUGGAAACCCAAACAAAGCCUCUGUGUCUCUUGCAUAUAAUGUACAGAAAAACAUCCAUUUCUAUCCCCUAACUACUAAUUCACGAGCUGUUUGCUUUCUUCUGUUCUCCAUUUUCCAUCCCUUUUCAUGUUCAUCGUCCCAAAUUAUACAAACAAAGAUUAUUUUUUUAUGUACUUCAUCCAAACCUCAAAGACAGAGUCACUGUUAUUGAAUUAGCAAGAGCAGGGAUUCAGAAAAGUAAUUCAUCUGUUUUUGACUAGGAGCACUAUGGAGCAUUGUGUGUGUGUGUGCAGAAACACACAAAGACUCCGAUUGAAUGUGAACAUAACUUUGUUUACAAAAAUAAUUCCACUGGGCAGCUUUAAAAACAGAUUGUUUUACCAGACAUAUCCGUUUAACAUUUUUAAAUCAUUGUUUUUUUUAAUAUUAGCACUCUGGAACCCGAUAAGAAAUAUGACAAUAAGAGGUUUCAUUUCCUCAUAUUUCAGUAACUAAUGUUCACUGUAACCCAAAUACAUUUGAAUAUAUGGACUUGAUAAAAAGGAAAUGUAGCAAGUCUUAAAAAUGCUCGAACAGAACAUAAAAAGCCACUUAUGUCCCGCUUUCCUUUAUAUUAUUUUCUGAUGUUUGUGGCAGUGCUUUUUGUUUAGUUUUUGUGGCAUUGGGCCUGAGCAUGAGAAGGGAUUUUAAAUUUAUAUUUGCUCUAAUAACCAUAUACUGUAUAUUCAAUAUACCCAAAUGUAAAGCUGAAUUAUAUGGUACAGCUGAGUCUAUUUUUCUAUAAAAGAAGCAGGGGAUCAUUGUUGGUGUCCCAAUGAGUACGUGAAGAUUACAGCAACACGUCGACUUUAGAAGGGAUUUUGUAGAUGCAUCUAAACAAAAUCUCAGCAAUUAAACUUUUAUUUAUUAUAAUUUUGUAUAUUCAUUGGAACCCCAACAAUAGUUCUCCGAUACAUUAACUUCUAACCAUUGUGAAAUCCACAUUUCUAACUGCGUGCCUGCUGAUUUACUUUUGCACUAUAUAUAUGUCGCUCCGACUCCAACAAAGAAAACUGAACACGCUUCUUUCAGUUGCCAAAUAUGAGCAUUAAUAGUCCGGAGGCGUGACUUGGUUCUGUGAUGUUAAGAGGGAAAGUCUGCAAAGCUGAUUAAUGUUAAAUCUCCAAACGGGGACAAUUAUGAGUUAUUAUUAUUAUGCCACUGAACACGCCUGUAAAAAGGGAUAGUCGGAGCAUUUUUUGUUUUCCUUUUAAUAUCCAAAUCAAAUGUUUCUCAGCCAAAAUGUCCCCGUCUUUUCUUCCUAUCUCAGACUCACACUUAAUGAGAAUCUGCAGAGCAAGAUAAAUGUGAUCAAUCAAACCUGAGUUAAUAAAGGGUGUUAAGUCUGACUAGUUAUGCAUAUGUACAUUUAGUUUAUUUAAUUUAUGUUCCUCCCCAGUGUGCACUGUUUACGUUCAGUCCAUAUUGUACAUUCAGAUGUUGAUGACAUCUUGUUGUAAUUAUAAAUAAGCUUGUAUAUUGAUGUUGUUUUGAUGCAAUUUAUCUUUACCUCGAAUUAUUUUUUUUGAUAUAUUGGACCAAUAAUAAAAAAGAAUGUGUUUCAUACUU